ACCCACUGAGUGCAUCGUGGUCGUCAUCAUCGUCGGUAAACUGCAUUGCCCUUAACGAGACAGAAAAGCAAACAUGCAGUAUAUAGAACAUUUCUCUCUUUCCCAUCGAAUUUCGCUUCCUGAUCCGCACACUCUCACUGUCGAUCGCAUCGAAUCGCGAAGCGCGCGCGAACCGGCUUUUCGCCAGUGCACCAACACAUAGGAGCGCACUUGUCGGAGCGUAGCAUGUGCUUUGCUCUCGCUCACUGCACCGCACCGCCCGCAGAGCACUGGGUUACACGCGAGUGGGUGGGUGGUGCCGGCGCGGAGAAAUUUCCUCGCGCUUUGGGAAAACUCUCUCCCGAAAGCUCGCCCGUGUGCCCUCUCAUCGCUCUUUCUCACGCGAAUCCGUAUCGCGUGAGCGUCGUCAUCAUCGCGUGGCGACAGAAACCGACGACGACGACGACGACGACCAGCACAGCAUAGAAGCAUAGAGCGUCGCCUUCUGCGGCGCGGCACAACGCUUUCAGACACGAGUGGCGAAUGUUGUUGUUAUUGGGUGGCUCUGUUCGGUUGUUCGGGCCCCGGUUGACUCAGCUUCGUUCAGUUGGUAACCUACUUUGCUUCGAUUAGUACACGUUUUUUCCGACUCGCUCCGACGAAGAUUCUGCAAUUCCGUGCGCACGUUUUCUUAGUUUUCCCUCUGUCUGUUCCGUGAGGGGUCGUCGUCGUCGUCGCGGUUGUGGCAGUCCUUCCGGGAUCCUCCUCAGGCUGACUUUUCGAGCUGAAUCGAAAAUUUUGGCGAACUAUUCUCCGUCUUCAUCAUUUGGUGUCCUAGUUUCCGUGCUUCCCGUAUCGUACUUGCAAAUAGUGUUUUUUUUUUUUAAGUUUUGCCGCUAUCUGACGGAUUCUAUAACUAGUGGUCCUCCGAUUUGAAUGCAUGCGAAGAUGGAAGGAAGUUCCAACGGAUUUGGUUUGCAAUGCUGAUUCGCCACCCGAAAAUUGAAAUCCGGAAGUGGCAAUGCUAAUGUAUGUUAAUCAUCGGAUACGUAUUGCAGAAAGCAGAAAUCCUUGAUGGUCGAAUCUCGAGACCGAUUCUACCGUUGGGGUUUUGAUCGACAUUGACCUUAAACCAUCAGUCUCUUCUUUAGUGUUAUUGUGCUUUACGGGUGUGGGAUGAAAACAAAAAAAUACUAUCCCGCCUAUGAGAAGUGCAGUUUACGAAAACAACAUUAUUUACAGUGAGUGUGCAAGUGCAUCAAAGGACUAUAUCUACCGAGAAGAGGAAAACAAGCUGUGAUGUACGGCGUAGAAUAUAAAAGUGUCUCGCAAGCGAAGGUAGCUCGUUAAAGUGCCAGCAGCUCGACAGCGGGAAGAAAUUUCAAAAUAUGGAUUAACAUGAAGCAAACGGAAAAACUCAGCAAGAUGCCGGAAACUUGUUGCAGGCCAGUGGAUUUCUGGCCGCCGUUGGGAGCAGAUCAACGUCGUUCUCGAGAGAUGAACACCUAAAUGUCUAGCAGAUCUCACCAAGAAGACUGAAUCCUGAAUGUGAUAUACCAGUGCAUCAAAUAUACAUCACUAGAAUGAAAUAGUUACAAUCCACAUCUGCAUCUAUCAACAAUCACUGCCAGAUAUUCAAUGUGAUCUUAGUGAAAUAUAAUAAAAAAAAAAAGUGUCUUGUUAUCCUGAAGAACCGUCCACCGUUCUACUUUUGUAUUCAUCACUGCCGACGCAUCACUUCGACCGUAGCAGAAUAGUGAAAGUCGCAAGCUUAAGUUCAGCAUUUUACACACUAAGGAUACCACAGAAAGUGAUUCAUCAACUACUGAGAUCCCAUCGACGGAUGAAGAAACAGUGUUGAAAGAAGAAGUGCAUCGCACUAGAGUAUUUUUAUCAGUUGUUGAACCUUGGAAGAAGCAACUGCAUGUAUGAUUGUAUAAUGAGUAGUGAAGUAAUCAAGAAGAAAACUGUCUAUGUUUCUACAUAGUAAUAUUUAUUAGCGAGUGACCUUUCAAUCGUACACAGUAUCAAUUGUGCGCCCUGGGAAACAAUCAUGAAGAGGGUAGAACUCAGGCGUCCGCGCGAUAAGUGAUUCCUCUCAAGUUUAUCAAAAUAUUUACAAAGUGACUGCGCGAGUGCAAGGAAAAUGUGCUUCCUGAUACAGAAGAGAAAACGUACCAGAGAAGAGCCAAUUAACCUUACUCCUCUUGCAGUGCGAAGUGAACGUAUCAAUUGAAGGUGGUGCAAACGGCGAGAGUGGAGUACAUCUACACUUCACCCAUUCGAUUCGCCACACUUAACCUGUCGCGAUACAAUCCGCGGUGGAUUAAUACGUCGCCCUCUCCUUUGUGCUUGCAAGAAAAUGACGUUAUCGCAACUGUUUGAACCUGAUAAAACUAUGGAAGCGGAGACCAGCGCGGCGUACUAACGUGUGUGCAAUCUCGGUUCGAAACGGUGUGUUACGAUAGCUGCUGAACCUCUCCACUUUCAACCCGGAAGAACUCAGACGGAGAAAAUCAGCGGAACUGUUCAAACCGUCGUUCGGUCGUUCGGUCGCUAGUGACCUGUUUAUAAUUUACACUUUCUUCGACUCUCGCGGUUAGAAAUCCAGAAUCCCAAGCGAAAAUGACGUCUCUAGGAAUUAUGACACUGAGCCGUGGACCUUACAGCGAGCUCGAUAAAAUGAGCCUUUUCCAAGAUUUGAAGCUGAAACGAAGAAAAGUCGACUCAAGAUGUAGCAGCGAUGGAGAGUCUAUAGCGGAUACCAGCACUUCAUCACCAGACCUUCUGCAGCGUCUGUCACCUAAGAUGUGCGACCAGCAGCAGUCGGCAGGCCAAUUGGAGCUGGACGAUCCCACCGAACUCGAGGAUGGCUCUCCAGCUCCAACGGCUGCUGCAAAUCACCACCACCAUCUUCAGCACCCCCCAAGUCAUCACCACCUGCAUCAUCACCAUCAUCACCCCCAUAGCAACAAUAUGGAGAAUAACAACACGUUAACAAGUAACAAUAAUAACAACGACUGUUUGACGUCACCAAAGCUAGAGCAUGAUGGCAGCCGCAUGAUGAAGGACGAUGAUGGCGACAGUGAAAGGGCGUCACCGGAUUCACCGGGUUUGCUGAUUGAUGAACGUCCACCUUCGAGACUGAAACCUUCGGAUCCUGGUGGUUGUACGCCGGGAGCACUUCCUAAUUCCUCCAAUUGCGGUGGGGGCGCUAGUGUGAUACGUUCGGUGGCGGAUGAGCGUCCCCGGUCUUCAAGUCCGCCAAACAGCCAUAAUUUAGCGCUAAUGAAUUCCAUUCAACUCCUGCAGCAACACUACAGUGCGAGCGGUAACGCUGGUAGCAGCAGUAGUAGUGGUAGCUCUGUUGGUGCUGCCCAUAGUGUGCCAGGUCACCAGCAACAACAGCACGUGACCGUACUUGUCACCCCAUCUCGAAUGAAACCAGAUCAACCGACAACGCUGGUAACGCUAGGGAUGCGAAAACAAGCGCCACCGUCAAUUAAUCUAGCAAAUACCAGCAACAACACCAACAGCAGUAGCACUAGUAGUAGUAGUAAUUGUAACGGUAGUAAUAGCAACGUCGGUAGUAAUAAGAACGAAGAGCCUAAUAGACUUACAUCGACACCGCAGAGUUCAACAUCGUCAUCACCUUCAUCUUCGUCGUCAUCUUCGAACUCAUCAUCGAAUUCGUCAUCAACAUCUGCUGUAUCGCCAAAUCAAGCAAACCAACAACCAGUCCACCUUCAGAUGUUUCAACAGCCUCCCGUUGGCGGCAUGUCUAAAUUUUCUUCUAGUCAAUCGUUGUCAAACAAUUCGAAUAUCCAACAGCAGCAGCAACAUCUCGCCCAGCAACAAAUGCUGCAAGCAAUGCAACAGCAAAUUCGGAUAAAAAAGGAACGCAUGCCCCAAUACACGAUAGUGAACCAAAAUCCCAACAUGUCAAUGAUGCCUGGUAGUCAACUCCGGCAACAGAACAUCCACAUGAUUCCUAAUCCACAACAACAGCUGUAUGUGAAACGUGAACGAUCGUUACCUGGCCAGAGUCACACAAUCGUCAACAUGCCGCCAGUAUCAAUGGCUGGUCCUGCUAAUCACCAAAGGCAACCUCCAAGCAGUCCUGUCCAAGUCUGUAAUAGCACAUCGCCGAUGCAGCCACCCAUGUCCCCAAGUCAACAACAUCAGAACCGACAGCAAAGUCCUGUGCAUAUGGGAUCCACCAACAUGGGUCAAUCACCACAUAUUAUCAUCAAACGUGAACGGCAUGCACCUAAUCAAAGUAUGACGAAUGUUAUGCAACUCUCCCCAAACAACCAGCGGUUACCAAGUCCUAUUCAAGUCAGUCCUACCACAUCUCCGCUUAAUCCCGCCAUGCAGAUACGUCACCCCAUGCGGGACGCUGCCAUAUUAUUUCGUGUAAAAAAUGAAGCACAAGUACCAAAUCUCAUGCAACAGCAACCCCCCGGUAUGGCUCACAGGAUAACCGUUUGGCCCGGUGGCCAGCAGCGCAUCAAUGGCGUCAAACCGGAAGUGAUCGGUGGCCCUUUACCGCCGCUACGAAGCCAAAUGUCCCCACAACAGUCCCCGCAGCACCAUCAAAGCCCCAGUCCAAUCGCCUCGCAAACACCACCCCGCAACACUCCGACGGUCAUCAUGGGCGAGUCGUGCGGUGUUCGGACCAUGGUCUGGAGCUACGACUCUCCACCGCAAGUACAAACCACUACACCACCAAUAGCGCCAUCGUCGGCGACAAACACGACCGUAGGCUCGCAGGGUCCGCUUGGUCCUGGGUCGUCGCUCGGGAUGGGCACCAUUCCGCCUUCGCCGGGCAACCACCAUCACCAGAACAGCAACAGCAGCAGUAGCAGCAGUAGUACCAACAACAACGAGGAGGCGGCGCAUCUACUUCUAAGCUUAGGACAAACCGUAAGGCAAAACGAGGCUCAACCAUGGACUCCCAAUCGAUCCGGUCUACCGCUGAACAUGGAACGGUUGUGGGCGGGAGAUUACAGCCAGUUCCCCACUGGACACCAAAUGCAUGCUCUCAAUCUCACCUCGCAACAACCGUGGAAUAUGCCAUCGGGUCCAAAAAAGGAAUUGCUUGAGGACAUGCCCCCCGAUGAGGACGAACAACCGUUGGUGUGCAUGAUUUGCGAAGACAAGGCCACCGGGUUGCAUUACGGAAUCAUCACCUGCGAAGGUUGCAAAGGCUUCUUCAAGCGAACCGUGCAAAACCGAAGGGUUUACACGUGCGUCGCGGACGGUACCUGUGAAAUAACAAAGGCCCAGCGCAACCGCUGCCAGUAUUGUAGGUUUAAGAAGUGUAUCGAGCAAGGAAUGGUGCUUCAAGCUGUUCGAGAAGAUCGCAUGCCGGGAGGACGAAACAGUGGCGCGGUUUACAACCUGUACAAAGUAAAAUAUAAGAAACAUAAGAAAAACAACCAGAAAGGUAACAACCACCAAAAGCUCGGCCUGCCCGGUGACAAUCCAAAGUCGAUGUUUUUGACGUCGUCGACGACGCCGCCGAUCAAGUCCGAAAGUAUUAGUCUGCCAUCGCACCUGGUCAACGGAACGAUACUGAAAACCGCCCUGACCAAUCCAAGCGAAAUCGUGCAUUUACGCCAUAGACUGGACAACGCCGUCAGCUCAUCCAAGGAUCGGUCGAUCUCGUACGAGCAAGCCUUGAACAUGAUACAUACCCUUAUAGACUGUGAUGCUAUGGAGGACAUAGCGACCCUACCGCAUUUUAGUGAAUUCCUCGCCGACAAGUCGGAAAUUGGCGAUAAGCUCUGUAAUAUAGGUGAUUCGAUUGUACAUAAACUCGUUUCGUGGACUCGCAAGCUGCCCUUCUACAUGGACAUCCCGGUAGAGAUCCACACCAAACUACUGACAGACAAAUGGCACGAGAUAUUGGUGUUGACGACGGCCGCCUACCAAGCCCUGCACGGCAACAAAAGCAUAGGCAGUCAACUGCAAUCCUCGACCGGCGGGAACGGUCCGGGAGGUGGAACCGUUCUUGCGCCGGACAAACACGACGCAGAGUUUGUCGAAGAGAUCACAGCCCACCUGCAUACGUUACAAUCCUGCCUAACAACCCUGAUGGGUCAUCCAAUAUCGAUCGAACAGCUAAAAAUUGACGUCGGUCAAAUGGUGGAGAAGAUGACCCAAAUAACGAUCAUGUUUCGACGGAGUAAACUCAAGAUGGAAGAGUACGUCUGUCUCAAGGUUUACAUUUUGUUGAACAAAGAAGUCGAACUGGAAAGCAUACAGGAACGGUACGUUCAAGUACUUAGGACCUAUCUACAGCACACCGUACCGCACAGCCCGAACCGGCUGACGGAUCUGUUAGCCCAUAUACCUGAGAUCCAAACCGCUGCCAGCUUACUUUUGGAGAGCAAAAUGUUCUACGUACCGUUCGUUCUGAACUCGGCCAACAUUAGGUAGCAGAUGAUCGAACAAGGAAUGAUUGAACCUUUCCAGCAUGAGCUGCAGCAGCAGCACCAGCAACAACAACAUCAACAGCAGCUGCAGCAGCAACAUGACUCAGCUAAUGAAGAACAACAGCACCAACUGCACGACAUUGAUUUCGCUAAUCAGCCUCAUGACCAUCAGCAGCAACAUCCGUUGACACAAGUGGCGCAGCUAUCAUCGCAGCACGUCGCGAAACGUCCACUGCCAUCAACCACAACAGCAACAAUCGUCAAACAGCAACAACAGCAAAUCGUUCAGCUGCAGCCGCGGCAAUCACACCAUACACUGCCGAACUCCCCGAACAGCAACAACAACAGUGGUUCUGUGACGAUUUUCGUCAUCAAAACAGUGUUACCUGACGAGUGAUUCUGAUUUCCGCCUGAUUACUUUUAAAACGUUAUAAGUCCCCAGUGAUGAGACUCAACUGAAAUGUUUGUGUUUCAUUUUUUUUACAUUGAAGGUAGAUUUUUUAUUUGUUUUAAUUUGUUUCAAAAUCGAGUCGAUUCUCGUUUUGUUUUUCAUUUUUAUAUAUGAACUGUUUUUACCUUUUACUGAUUACCUUGUUCUUAUUUUACGAUUUCUCGUUGAGCGUUGAAAGUGUCGUAAAAUAGAGAGGUGAAAACAAUUUUUAACGUAUAAACAGAGUAGUUAUAAAGCAUUAUAUACAAACACAUACAAAACUGAAGUAAAUAGAGAGAAAGUAAACAUUUUUGCAUAUACACAAACACCCACUCAUUAUAUAUACAGAACAGAAUAAAAAUCUUGUCACUGAUAUGUAAAUGGAAAUAUACCUAAUGUAAUGAACGAAAAAGUUUCACUCUAAACCUGAAUGUUUUGUGCAUUGAUGCCUCGGGCGAUUAAAUGUAAAUGGUCAUUCUAAAGAAGUAGAGUUCGCUUGCGCGUGAUGAUUGCUGCAGAAAAAAACAUCAAAUUGAACACAAUUAACUCACACAAUAGCAUGGAUUCACAUUCGAGGAAAAUGCGAAAUUUUCCGCUACUAGGAAGUCUGAAAUUAAAUGCCUUCUAUAUUAUAAAUAGAGAAAAUGAAGAAAAAACACACGAACGUAGGAGUAAAUGAUAAGGGAGAUAAAUUCAUCAGAAAAUGAAAAAAAAACUGAAAGGAAAAAUUCUCAUUUCAGAAAUAUAUUUGAACAACAGCAACAAAUAUUCGUAUUAAAGACAAGAAUAACAUAGAACGCCCCGAAGAUAUGUCGUGCAUAAAGUAAGCGUAUAUAAACACAUAUAUUUUUAUAUAUUUAAUUGAUCGAUUCAUUGUUGUUCUUCUUAUCAAUAUUUUUAUUAGCUAAUUUUACAAAACCGAAAAUAAUAAAAGUGGAAGACGUAAAUUUGGCCGUAGCAAGAGAGGGCAACGGAUGUGUAAAUGUAUAUUUGCCCUUUGAAAUUCGUUCGUUUAUCGGAAACGAAUGGAGCUAACUUCAAAUAUAACCGAUAUAAAUAUUGGACUGUACAUUGUCGAACCGGUUUGAAAUGUUUGUAUAGAAAAUGUUUCACGAGAGGACGCACUGAACGCUAAAUUUAACCUCUAAUACAUUGUAAAUAUCAGAUAUCCGUAAGCUAUGCUUUUAGAUGUUUUUUCCCUUCUCAAUGCAUAUACCUUAGUACUGCUAGAACGGUUUAGUUGCCUAAGUAACUGGAUGCUUUUAACGUUUUGUUUUUCAUCAUUGUAAAAAAAAACAUCUCGGACGCGAUUUCCCAUGUAAAUGCAUCUCUGUUUAGGUGAUAGCACUUUUCGGAUAGUUAUUUGAAAACGCCUUUAGUUGAGUGUUUCUCGAGAAAACGUUGCGCUUACUUUGCAAAUGUUAAUAACGUUCAUUAAUUCGUUACUAAAUGGGUUUCAGUUAAAUAAAGUAAAAAUACAUCAUCACGAUCAAAUGGGGAUUGUUACGGAUUCGAGAAUAAAUUUAAACGCGAAAGGAUGUCGCCAUUCCACUCGUAAUCCGUUUCGAAAAAAUCGCCAAAUUUGCAAGUUUCAGCAUAUUAUUCUAUUCCACGAUGGACAACUGAAUAUUAGUUGGCAUGUGUAUUAAGCCUUCAUAAAACAGGUGCCAUUUUUUAUCAUUCUCAGGGUCUGGUCGAACAAAGGUCGAAUAGACAAAAUCCUUAUUGACUCUUGAAAAAAGCGAAAAAGCUUUUUGUAAAUAAAGCCUUCUCUCGAUGAAUCCUACACAUGCCCACUACAAUUUUUAUUAUCACCAUGUAGAUCAAAAUUAUCUUAAGAAUUCAAAAUUUCAAAGAAUCUUAGGCCUGAAGUACACACACAGGGUCAAAUAUAAGAAAAUAACUCGAGAAACAACAUCAGUUUGACACUAAUGAAAAUUCGAUCAAGUCAAACAAGAUGUUUGAGCAUUGCUUUUUUUGGACAAAUAUUCGACCCUGUGUACUGUGUACAGCUUAAGAAAUCAUCGAGAGCUUUAUUCUUAAAAGCUUUUUCGCUCUUGUUAAGACUUAAUGAAGAAAUGUUACAGGGCCGACCAAAGGUGGUUUUAGUAUAGAAACCAAAUAAACCCAACUUGCGGUGCAACUCGAAAGCUCUUUAUUUCUCUGUUGUUGAGCUAUUUUAUGGUGUGUGAACAACUUGCAGCUAUCUUAAAAUUCACGACUAAAAAUAUCAAAACAAGUCCGUCUGCUACCAAACGCAUACAGUUUUCUUUUCUAACCAACACACAUUUGAAAUUUAUACUAUUUGUUUGAAUUUCCACAUCUCUGGUUUUAAAACCGAAAUAUUCUCUUCAUACCUAACCGUUACAAAACCAACAAUGAUACUAGGGUUGUCCAUCCUACAUAAUUUCGAGAAAAUAGCCAGCCUGUUUUUGUCACUGAGCUGGCCGAAAUGGCUGGCUUUUUGAAAGCAAGAUAAUAUUAUAAUUCAUCAUAAUUCAAGAAAUAUCCUAAUUCGAUAUUGUAUGCGUUUGUGUGGAUUGAUUUGCAUUACAUAUUUACUUGAAAUGAUUAAUUUAUUAUGAAUCAUUACAAUAACUGCCGAACUAAAUGGUCUAAUUUUCUAUGCAAGCCGAUAACAUUAAAGAAAUUUGAAUCUAUUAACAUUUGCGUAGUAGGCAAUAACAUAUCUAAACUCGAGGAGGUUAUUAUUGGACGGUGGAUUCUUUCGACUUUCCUCCAUUGGAGCAAGUACACGUACUAUUUACAGAAGACGGACGAUAGUGGAGAUUAAGGCUCCGCUUAUCCGACACAUCACAAAUAUAAGCAACGUUUGUUUUUAUCUCGACUAAGAUAAUUUGUUUACUAGGUUAGAAAGUGAAGAAAACGACCAAAACUGAUACAAUGAUCCUCCUUUUUAAAGCUAAACUAAGAGACAAGAAAAUCCUCUAUUUUUAGGCAAAUUAUUUAUCCAAACUGUUUUUAUAUUAUAGGUGAACAGGAGAAAAAAAAACAUUAACAAAACGUACGAGAAAUUUACUCAUUUCGAAAAGUUUAUGAGACUCGUUUUUAUUAAAGUAACUUAAAAUUUCUCUGAUAAGUAUUUAUGCAAAAAUAUGUUUUGUUUUCGACGUGGAUUUUUUUCCAAUGCCAGAAGCUACAUUUUUUAGCUAGUACGUGCGUUUAUGGAACGAUAUGAAACCAAAAAUUUAGGAAAGCUAAUAUUGUAUUUGUAAAAAGAAACUGAGUAACAUUAAAAAAAAUUCUCAUCACCGUUCGUCAGGAGAAGAGUAAAUUGUUUUCGCAUCAUAAGCCUUUCGCCAUCUCUGUUAUCUCUGUAAUAAAAAACAAAUGCACACACCGGAUUUAAUGACACACAUACAUACUCUUUACAUACUUACGAAUCAUGCACCACUUUACAACACAUUUUCGCAUCUAUGCCACUCGCAUUGUUUUCCACAACAGCAGACCACUACCAGAAACAAAAACAACUAUUCGUACUAUCCCAUGUAUGGAGCCAACCAGAACUCAAUAGUCACGUGUAUUUGACGGAAAAGAAUCAAACUAACCUUUGUAAAUGUGUCUGGACGUUUAAUAUUUCGUGAAUGGAACGCAAAAAUCAAAGUAAAAUCCCCUUAUUACGGAAACCAUUGUUACCAGUGAAACCAUAUUACUUAUAUUAAUUAUUGUGUAAUGCACGACGAAAGAACUGCAGAACCCUGGAUGGUGAAACAUAAUAGAUUUAAACGAACAGCUAAUGCAUUCAUACAAAAUAGUCCAUAAAACGAAGCAUUCAACACAUAGCAAACAAACACUGGCACUGAGAGCAAGCUAAAAAACAGUUAAUACAGAAAGACUAAAGUAUACAACAGACAUGUACACAAACACUGAAAAAUAAACAAUAAAAGUUACCCUCAAAGCAAACUAACAUAGAAAUACCGAACACUGCCACGUGCUAGGAUAAAAACAGAAGCAAAUAAAAAUAAUGUGCAGAAAUGCAUACAGGAAAAUAAAACAAAAAAAAUAGAAAAGUAAAUGGACAACUAACGAAAAUAGCCGUUAAUUGUUUACCAGUUGUUGGUACAAUCGCAACUCAGAUCAAGUGUCAGUAAUGUCAGUUAGAAAACACUCGUUUCCAUGUGCUACAUUUUCCCAUUUCUAGAUUUUAUCGUUUCCCUUGUGAUAGUAGAUUAACGAUGAGUUUUUGUUCCCUCGCUUCCCGUGAACUGUCUGGAACUGAAAACGACGUUUAGGAUGGCUAGCCAUUUGAGCAACGUAAAGAUUGACAUCUAUUCGAGCAAAGUCCUAUCAUUCGGCCUUUCCCGAAUAACAUCUUUAGUAGUUUGACCAAAUAGUCAGUUUUCUUGGUACGU